AAUUUCAGCAUUUCCGGAUUAGUUUUAAUGAAUUUUGAACGGAAUUUGAAGUUGUUCUUCUUAUGCGCUCUGUAGGUUAUUGCAGCAGAGUAGAAUAAAGUCGAUUUACGGAGCAACUCUGGUGUGUGCUCGUUCAUUCACGAACGCUCUGUCUUUUGUACGGAGUUUUCUGUUUUCAAUUUGGAUCAAUGAGAUUUGGAGGCUUCAAUGGUUUCACCAUUUCUGGAUAAGUUUGAGUGGCUUUUGAACUGAAUUUAAAGGUGUUCUCCUUUGGCAAUCGGCACGUUAUUGCAGCAGAUUAGUAGAAAGAUCAUUUACGAAGUAAUUGCGGUCAAACGGCUUGGAGUUCGAUCACAGCUUACUCCUCGAUUUAGGUUCCCUGUAAAUAAGAAUCAUGAAUAAAGAGCUUUUGGAUAUCCAACCCCGCGAGCUUAAGUUCACGUUUGAGCGGAAGAAGCGAAGUUCGUGCUCAAUCCAACUUAUCAACAACUCUAAUCAGUAUGUUGCAUUCAAGGUUAAAACUACGUCGCCAAAGAACUAUUGUGUGCAACCCAAUAUUGGCAUUGUCCGGCCAACUUCAACUUGUAAUUUUACAGUUACAAUGCAAGCUCAACGGGAAGCUCCACCUGAUAUGCAGUGUAAAGAUAAAUUCCUAAUCCAGAGCACAAUAGUUCCCUUUGGGACAACAGAGGAGGAUAUUAAACCUAGCAUGUUUAUGAAGGAUGGUUUCAAAUAUAUUGAAGAGAAUAAGUUGAAAGUGGUUCUUGUUAGCCCAGCUCAUUCGCCAGUACUGCAGCCUAUUAAUGGAACCGGGAAGCUGGAUUCAGCACAUGACGGUUCAAUUUCAAGAGACCAAAUACUCAAUGGAGUUGAAAACUAUCCUCCAUCUCAUAUGGUACCUACUGCUGUGGAGGAGUUGAAACCUAGUAAAGAUGUGGAUUCAAAACCAGCUAAGAGUGUGGAGGAGUUGAAACCUAGUAAAGUUGUGGAUUCAAAACCAGCUAAGAGUGUGGAAGAGUUGAAAUUAGCAAAGGAAAUAGAGGAAUUGAAACUAGCAAAGGAAAUUGAGGAGCAAAAGCUGGCUAAGGCUACUGAGGAGUUGAAUUCAAAGCUAAAAGAAUGGAAAGUGAAGCUUAGUGAGGCUGAUACUUCCAUUGCAAAGCUAAAAGCUGAGGGGAACACAAUCAUUCAAGAGAGAGAAGCAUUGCGGCAAGAACUUGCUGUUUUGAGAAGGAAGAACGGUGUGAGAAGAGUUAAUGUGGGUUUCCCCUUACUGUUUGUUUGUAUGGUGGGACUUAUUGGUGUGGUACUUGGAUACAUUCUGAAGAGAUGACUCGUCCAGAAAGGCAACUGGAGAAAUACUAGUUCUGUGCUAAUUAGAAAUU